AUGAGUUAUUUCAAGUCUUGCAGAGGGUGUCUCAGGACAUUUGCUACAUCCACAAUCAAGCAUGAGAAAAAGUUAAACAAGUACUCCUCGAUCGUUACGGGCGACCCAUCGCAGGGGGCAUCACAAGCAAUGCUUUAUGCUACCGGUUUCAGCGAUGACGAUUUCGACCGUGCCCAAGUCGGUGUCGGUUCUGUUUGGUGGUCAGGUAACCCAUGUAACAUGCACUUGAUGGAGUUGAACAACAGAUGUUCAGAAUCAGUAAAUAGGGCUGGCUUGAAAGCCAUGCAAUUUAAUUCUAUUGGUGUGUCUGAUGGUAUCACCAACGGUACAGAAGGUAUGAAAUACUCCUUACAACUGAGAGAGAUCAUUGCCGACUCCUUUGAAACCAUGACCAUGGCCCAACUAUAUGAUGCUAACAUUGCUAUUCCUUCCUGUGACAAAAACAUGCCUGGGGUAUUAAUGGCUAUGGGAAGACACAACAGACCUGCCAUUAUGGUCUACGGUGGUACUAUCUUGCCCGGGUCUCCAACUUGCGGAACUCAAAACCCCGCUGUUGCCGAAAAAAUCGAUAUCAUCAGCGCCUUCCAGUCUUACGGACAAUACUUGUCAAAACAAAUCAACAACGAUGAAAGAAUAGAUAUUGUCAAGCACGCCUGUCCAGGGCCCGGCGCAUGUGGUGGUAUGUACACUGCCAACACCAUGGCCUCGGCCGCUGAAGUCUUGGGUUUGACCUUACCAUUUUCGUCUUCCUCCCCAGCAGUCUCUAAAGAGAAAGCAGAAGAAUGUGCUAAUGUCGGGUUCGCUUUAAAGAAUUUGUUAGAGUUGGACUUGAAACCAAGAGAUAUUCUUACCAAGAAAUCAUUCGAAAACGCUAUUGCCUAUAUCAUUGCCACUGGUGGUUCUACUAACGCUGUUUUGCACCUUAUUGCUAUUGCCUCGUCGUUUGACAUUACCAUCACUGUUGACGAUUUCCAAAGAAUCUCCGACAAUACCCCAUUAUUAGCCGACUUCAAGCCAUCCGGUAAGUACGUCAUGGCCGAUUUGCAAAAUGUCGGCGGUACUCCUGCUGUUAUGAAAUACUUGAUCAAAGAAGGUAUUAUCGAUGGUACCCAAUUAACUGUCACCGGUAAGACCAUCAACGAAAACUUGAGCAAACUUCCCGACUUGCCUGAAGGCCAAGAUAUCGUUAGACCAGUAUCCAACCCAUUGAAACCAAGUGGUCAUUUGCAAAUCUUAAAAGGUACAUUAGCUCCAGGUUCUGCAGUGGCAAAAAUCACUGGUAAAGAAGGUACUUAUUUCAAAGGCAAGGCCAGAGUAUUCAACGACGAAGGCGCAUUCAUUGUUGCCUUGGAAAAUGGCGAAAUCAAAAAGGGCGAAAAAACCGUUUGUGUGAUCAGAUACGAAGGUCCAAAAGGUGGGCCUGGUAUGCCAGAAAUGUUGAAACCUUCCUCUGCAUUAAUGGGUUACGGUUUGGGUAAAGAUGUGGCUUUGUUGACUGACGGCAGAUUCUCUGGUGGUUCCCACGGUUUCCUUAUUGGCCACAUUGUCCCUGAAGCUGCUGAAGGUGGUCCAAUCGCAUUGGUUGAAGAUGGCGAUAUUAUUGUUAUUGACGCAGACAACAACAAAAUCGAUUUAUUGGUUGAGCCAGACGUUUUGGCCGAAAGAAGAAAACACUGGACUCCUCCACAACCAAGAUACAAAAGAGGUACGUUGGCCAAAUACGCCAAGUUGGUCAGCGACGCAUCCAAGGGAUGUGUUACCGAUUUAUAA